UUAAAUUUUCUUGCUUUUCUACAUUUGGUUAAGAGGGCUUCCAAGUUAGAAGAACAAGCAAGCAUGGAAAUAUUAGUGCUGUUUCUUUUGGUUUCCACGCUCACAGCCUCAGCUGCUCAAGAGGCGUUCGUGGGCGUCAACAUCGGAACAAAAGUGUCAUCGAGCGAGGCGGCAGCCCUCCUCAAAUCCCACGAAAUCAAGCACGUCCGCCUCUACGACGCCGACGCCGACAUGCUCCUCGCACUCGCAAAUACAAGCAUAACAGUUGCAGUCUCUGUGCCUAACGACCAAAUCCUAGGCAUAUCCCUAUCCAACUCCACUGCCGCAAAAUGGGUGUCCCAGAAUGUUGUAACGCACUACCCUCACACAAACAUCACAACAAUCUGCAUCGGCGUCGACGCACCAGCCCUUCUUCCCAACGCCCUCAAACACAUGUAUACAGCUCUUUCAGCUGCAAAUCUUGAAAAACAGAUCAAAAUCUCUGCACCUCUUCCAUAUACAAUCAUCCAAAACUCCGUCCCUCCCUCUCAAGCCUACUUCAACAAAUCUUUGGACCCCAUGCUCGUCCCCUUGCUCAAGUUCUUGCAGUCUACAAACUCACAUUUCAUGAUCACCAUAUACCCUUACCUCGAACACGUGCGAUCAAGCGACCUCUUUCCGUUAGAUUACGCGCUCUUCGAGCCAAGCAAACAGACCGUGGAUGCCAACACUAGCCUUCGCUAUAGCAAUGCCUUCGAUGCAAUGGUUGACGCCGCCUACUCGGCAAUGGCUAAACUCAACAUCACUAAUGUUCCUAUAGUUGUGGCUGAGACCGGCUGGCCGUCUCAAGGCGGCACGGACGCCACGUCGGACAAUGCAAGAACGUACAAUACUAAUCUAGUGAAACAUGUGAUGAACAAAAGUGGAACUCCUAGGCAUCCGGGUAUCGCUGUCAGUGCCUACAUUUAUGAACUCUACAACGAAGAUUCGAAAACGGACCCCAUUUCUGAGAAGAAUUGGGGAUUGUUCGAAGCAAAUGGAACAUCUGUUUACACCAUACAAUUCGGUGCAGCAAAUGAGAGCACGAACCAAACAUACUGCGCCGCCAAGGCGGGGGCGGACCCAAAAAUGGUGCAGGCGGCGUUGGACUGGGCUUGUGGGGCCGGGAAAGUGGACUGCUCGGCGCUGAUGGCGGGGCAGCCGUGCUUUGAGCCGGACACGUUGUCGGCGCACGCCACCUAUGCGUUCGACUCGUAUUAUCAGCAGAUGGGGAGGGUUGCUGGGAGCUGUGAUUUCAAUGGGGUGGCCACCGUCACCUCCACCACUCCUAGUCAUGGUUCGUGUAUAAUUUCUCAAGCUGAGAGUGAUAAGAACGGGAGUAGGCUUAACAGCACAGUUCCGGCCAUGGAUUCUGAGAGCUCCUACACUUCUUCUAGCUUGGCUUAUGGUUAUGGCUAUGGCGAUGCGUUUUCAGCAACUAGAUUUAUGAUUGGAUUAAUUGGAUGUGUUGUCCUGUUUUGAGGAUUUAGUAGUGAAAUUACAUAGAGAGACAAAAAAGUAGUGUUUAUGUUUUCUUUUAAAUUUGAUGAAUAAUGUAGUUGAAGCUUGUAUUGGAAUUGGAGUCUUGCCUAUUUAAAUUUUUUAAAUUUCAACU